AUGUCCGCAUCACCUCCUAGAGCUAAGCGCCUCAUGGACACCAUAACCGAAGCCCAUCGAAUGUCCUACCGCAUAGGUCGCGGUGAGCAAGGCGUCCUAACAUUCGAACCAUACAAAUCAGCCAUCCUCCCUCUAUGGCGCUUCCGAACUGUGCCCAUUGCCCAAAAGAGCGCCGAGGAUCUGUGGGAAAAGUUCAAAGAGUUCAAGGACCAAAAUGACUUCGUAGGCAUGGAUAUGACGCGCAAGUUUAUCCAGAUGGGUAUGACCAGAGCCAAGCGAUAUGCAAACCAUGCUGGUGGGCGGAAGUAUAAGAAGGGAACCAAGGAGGAACUACCUCAGAGUGAUGAGCAUCCUGAUAAGGAUGAGAAAGAGAGGGCGAGUAUGAUCUUUCGGGGCUAUUGGACGAGGUGUAAAGAGGAUGAGGGUUAUCAGGAUCUCAAGAAAGAUUUCUUAAAGCAGCAAAAGGAUUGGAAAUAA